CUGGGCCUGGCGCUCCCCGAACGAGGCCGGGCCCGGGCCUGCUACGCUGGCAGUUUCCCUCAGGAGCGCGGCGCUGGCCUCGCGGGGGCGGGGCUGGCAGGUUGGAGCCGAGCCCGCCCGGAGAGAAGGCCGCUCGGCGGGGUGGGGCUGCCGUGCCGGCCACCGCUCUCCGCCCGCGAGAAGAGCCAUGCAGGCCCAGCCGUGUUCCCGGCGGGAGACGCUAGCCCUGCGGAGGCGGCUCAUCGGCUCUUCCUGCAAGCUCUUUUUUCCUGAAGAUCCAGUGAAGAUUGUUAGGGCAAAAGGCCAGUAUAUAUAUGAUGAACAUGGAAGAGAAUACCUUGACUGUAUCAACAAUGUGUCUCAUGUUGGGCACUGCCAUCCUGAUGUAGUAAAAGCAGCACAUGAACAGAAUCAGUUGCUAAAUACAAAUUCUCGCUAUCUCCAUGAUAAUUUGGUGGAUUAUGCAAAGAGACUUUCUAAAACACUGCCUGAGAAGCUGUGCACAUUCUAUUUUUUGAAUUCAGGAUCAGAAGCCAAUGAUCUUGCCUUGAGAUUGGCACGACAAUAUACAAAACACGAGGAUAUUAUUGUUCUGGACCAUGCUUACCAUGGACAUCUGACAUCCUUGAUUGACAUAAGUCCAUAUAAAUUCAGAAAUCUAGAAGGACAAAAGGAAUGGGUCCAUGUGGUAUGUACAUAUUGCAGCCUAUAUACCUCGACUAUUUCAGUUAAUUUAUUAUCCACCACAUAUGUGGCAUUAUUAAUCAUAAGGCAUUGUUCCCUUGUUCAGGCUCCUCUCCCAGACACAUACCGCGGAAUAUACAGAGAAGACCAUAAAGAUUCAGUCCUAGCCUAUGCCAAUGAAGUGAAAAAAAUAAUUGAGCAAGCACAAAAAAGGGGCAGAAAGAUUGCUGCAUUUUUCAUUGAAUCUUUGCCAAGUGUGGGUGGUCAGAUCAUUCCACCAGAAGGUUAUUUCCAGAUGAUAGCAGAACACGUACACAAGGCAGGAGGAGUUUUUGUUGCUGAUGAAAUUCAGGUUGGCUUUGGCAGGGUUGGCAAAUGUUUUUGGGCAUUCCAGCUUCAGGGAGAGGAUUUCGUACCUGAUAUUGUCACUAUGGGCAAACCAAUGGGAAAUGGGCACCCCAUCGCCUGUGUAGCAACAACAAAAGAAAUUGCAGAAGCAUUUGCAGACACUGGCGUGGAGUAUUUUAAUACAUUUGGAGGAAAUCCUGUUUCAUGUGCAAUAGGUUUAGCGGUUUUAGAUGUGAUUGAGAAGGAACAUCUUCAGGCCCAUGCCACACAAGUAGGCAACUUCUUGAUGGAAUUACUGAAUCAGCAGAAGGUCAAGCAUCCUAUCAUCGGUGAUGUCAGGGGUGUUGGAUUAUUUAUUGGAGUGGAUUUGAUAAAAGACCAAGAGAAAAGGAUCCCAGCUACUGAAGAAGCUGAGUAUUUAAUAACAAGAUUAAAGAGAGACUAUAUUCUGUUGAGUACAGAUGGUCCAGGAAGAAAUGUGCUUAAAUUCAAGCCUCCACUGUGCUUUACUAUGGACAAUGCCAAAUUAGUUGUGGACAAAAUGGAUGAAAUAUUAACAGACAUGGAAAGAGAAAAGACAUGUGAGCCAGUAGGAAAACACCAUUAACUUUAGGCCUCAGCUCUAUCUGGCCAGGUAAGCAUUUUAUCUUGUGCAGUUUGUUUAAUUAGAAUGCUAAGAUCACUAAACUAGUAAUGACAGUGCAUUUGGUGUAAAGAACUAACCAAUCAAAUGUUUCUGUAGUAUUUUUGCAAAAUAGAUGCCCCCUUCUGCUAUUCUAAUCACUAUUUUGAUUUAUGUAGGAUCACUUCGGCUUCUCAGCCUGCCCAACAAUCUAUUCUCCCUCAAGUCAAAUGCCUGUUUUUUGGUAUAAUUAAAUCUUUAUCCUUAAAGCACUUCAAAAUUUGACUACUCCAAUAGUAGCUGGAUCCUUUAGAACCUGCUGCUAUUAAAAGAAUAUCACCUACUGAGCUGUCUGUUUAUGGUGAUGGAGAGGGUAGUUGGUUUUCAGUGUAUUUCAUUGUGUUGGUUGCUGCUUAUGUGACUGUUCUACUGAACCCUUGAGUAAGGCAAGCACAACUUGGUCCAUGCUGGAAUCUACUCUAUUCUCCUUGAGUAAUCAAAGAAGAAAAAACAAAUACUCUUUCUGCUUCCUAUAAGGCUCAGUAUGUGACAGAGCCCUACCCUAUUUAAAUUGAUGCCAUUUGGAAUUCUGCCAGUAAAGGGAGUGACAAUAAGACCAGAAGCAAAAACACAAUGUGGUGAACUAAAGAGAAACCUUAAAAUCCUUGUGCAUUGCAUCAGAAGUUAACUUUAGUUCAAGCAAAUGCUGUAUUAUCAGCUACAAAAGGUCAUGCCAACAUUACCUGUUUUAUUCAAGCAUGAAAAAGUUGCUUCUGAAUUAGCAUAUAAGUAGCAUACCUUAACUAGUAUUUAGUCUAGGUUUGUGAAAUUAAACAGCAGGCAGAGGAAUCUUAGGGCCUAAUUUAAUUGUCAUUAAGAUUAGAGACACUGACUGCUGUAGGGGCUGGAUGCAUACACCUGAAAGCUGACAAUGUAACUGAUCACACAACUUUAUGAAGGCAGUUCUCCUUUUUAGUUGCUUAUUUCCUACAUCAUACAAGAAACAGUUGCUACAGUACAUGGCAAAAAGUCUGCAACUUUGCUUUAAAUACAAUUUAGGAGGAGAGGUAUUGAUUUAGUUUUUCCUCCAUGUAAAGAAAAUAUUAAACCUGAUACAUACUUUACAAUGUUAUCUUUCAUCCAGACAGUAAUUUGACAAAAUGUACUAUAAAGGAUCAUUAAAUCGAUCAUGUUUCCCCAUAACUAGUGCACAUUUAAGCUAAACAAUUACGUUUGAAGCUGCAAUGUUUAGUAAUGCUUCUUUAGCAGUGAAAAGCUUUAGAGAAAAUAAAUAGGCAUUAUGACAUAAAAUUGUUUGCUUCAGCUGUAGCAAAGGUGGUGUGGGAUUCUCUUAAUUAGCAGCCAGUUUCAGAAAACAAUGACUACCUAGGAAUUAUUUUCCUAUUCUAGCUCUUAUGUACCACACUUUGCAGCAUUUCAUUUUUCUGGUUUGAGCUAUUCCAGUGACUAUAACCAUCUCAGCUAGGCCAAACAUUCUACCAUCCCAUAGUACCCAACUAGAGAGCAUGCAGACCCCAUUAAUCAUAUGUAUCGGUCCUUAUUUUGCCAUACUUCAGGGUCUCACCAGCUAUACCACCUGAUUUUGUGCCAAUAUAAGGUUUAAACAGCUAGACUGGUUUUCAGCCAUAGUUUUCAAACAGAUGACUCUCAGUACCUAAGCUCCCUGUGAAUUGCCUUCCGAGGACAUGUUUAGUGAGGAAAGAGGAGGUCCAAUCUAAACUGCCCACAGAUGACAUUCUGUGUCCUUGACAGACAGAGUACGUAUGGGCAAUGAAGAUACCUUUGUACAUGCAUGCUCUCACUGGGUAGCUUGAGGUACUCUUCAACAGCAAUGGAACACAUCUCAACUACAACAAAAAAGGAAUGGUAAACUCUGCUUUGGAGUAUAAGCACCCUCAGUUUUUGCUUCAGGCUCUAAUCACUGCACCCAGGAUCCAACUCCACAAGUCUCAGUGUGACAGCCUGCUCCUUAACCCACAAGCUGCUCUAUAUGCACUUGCUGGCUAAUGUACACUUCAUGAGGGAUAAUGGUGAGUUCUCUCUGCUGAACUGUUUCUAGAACUAGUUAAAAUAUCUGCUUAUUUCCCACUCCCCAAACCCCCAUGGUUAUGUAAUUAUUUAAGUUCUCAGAGUUCAGCUUCAUUAUUUUUUAGCUGUGUUUUUACUGAUUUUAGAAAAAAAAGUUAUGGCAUGUAGGAUUACUUGUGUUCCAUUUUAUUUUGCAUGCUCCCCUACCUUGAGGUAAAUGAAAAGGUAGUGAUCAGGGAGGGAAGAACAGCAACAAACUACAGCAUUUAGCUCACAUGAUCUACCUGGAGCACUUCUAUAGCAACUUCAAAAGAGUCAGAUUCACAGGGUGUUUCCUAAUGGCAGUGGGAUAGUACAACAGUAAGAUACAGGAAGUUAUAUACAGUCUAGAGGUUUAAGUACUUUCCAAGAAUAAGGUCAGAUGGAGGGGUAGACUUUGUAUCUGGUUAUUUACUUUCUGCUAGCCUCUACCUAUCAAAUGGUGGGACAUGCAGCUCUUUCCCUCCUGAUGGCAGAUUCCAGAGGGAGUUCAAAGCUGUAAUACACCUGUGCUAGCUAUGCCUCCUUUUCCAGCCUGCUGCCAGAUAGUUCAUUCCACAUGUGUGUAAAAACUUGUAGAAUAGGAUUAGUAAGUUAAGUGUACUCCCAACAGUAGGCCAGGGUCUACAUCCAGAACUACUGAAAUUAAAUACUGUUCCCUGGCUAGGAAGCCAUCCAGGGAGAGCAGAAAGAUAUAGUCAGGUAAGAAGUUUCCAGUGCUGCAGUUUAGUAUCUCUCACACUUCCAUUGCUUAUGAGAAGUAGUGAGGAGUUAACUUCUCUCUCAUCCCUCCCUAUUUCAGUUAACUGCACAAAAUGGCAGUGCUACUAUACUAGACCAGGGAAGCUGCUGCAGAGAACAAAAAACCCACUUUUUACAGAGUCUAAUAAAGGUGUUAAGUAGAUGAUCAUGUUGCUGCCUUGCAUAUCUCUAUCAUGAAAGCACAAGCUCUUUCCACCACAAAGUCACCAUAGAUCUUGUGGAGUGAGCCUUGAUGCUAUCAGGAACAGAAGCACUGACACCUUAGCACCUCAUUUGAAAGCAAGUAAUAAGCCUGUUUUUGUCAGUUCAGUGCACCGGAUAUAAUCUUUAGUGCUCUUUAAACAUCUGAAGUAUGCUACAGUUUUCUGUUCGGUGCUGUGCCUUUGGACAGAAUGAAGGGAGUAUAAUUUCCUUGUGAGGUAGGGAAUGCUGAUUCUGGGAUUGUUAGCAGCAUGUUAUGUUACAAUAGAGUUCUACUAUUGUAUAGAAGUGACACUUCAGGAACUCACCUAGUAACUAGAAGACACUUUUCAUGGAUAGGCAGAAUGGAUAUACAGGUCAGUGGCUCAACAGGUUGUGUGGCAUGGGCUUUUAAUGCCCUUGGUAGGCUUCCACAAAGAUUGGCUGAACCACUUGCUGCUCUGAGAAGUCUGAAUACCUGACAGUUCUGUGUCAAGGAACCAGAGGAUCCUGAAAAUAGGAUGUUUCUUAUAAGCAGACACAUGGCAUAUUAUGGUGCUGGGCAAAAGUCUCUUGUCUACAUCUUCCUGAAUAAAGUCCAGGAUCCUUGAUAUUUGUUGUACUGUUAACACCAUGAGCUAAACCUAGUCCACAUGGAGGAGCAGGCCUUUAGUAUUGAAGCUCACCUAGUACAGAGGAUGAUUCCACUCCCAGUGGAGGAUAGCUCUAGCACAGCUAAUACUUCCCAUCUCAAUAGCCAGGUGAUCAGUUGUAGAUUAUUUAGGUAUGGAUAGAGGAAUAGGCCAUGGUAAAGGAUGUCUCAUCUCACAAGUAGCUGCAACAGGGGCUCCAAGUUCAGUUCUAUCAGAUUGGAGAACCAUGGUCUCCUUGGCCAGUGAAGACCUAGCAUUAUCAGGUUUGCUGCUUCUCUUCUCUGGAAGUAGAAAGGGCAGAAAUGCAUAUGCAGGCUUUGGGGCUAUCUGUGCAAAAGAGCAUCUGUCCCCAGGGAUUCAUCUGAUGGAGUAUUUCAAAUGUUUGUUCUUUUGAUUGGUGAAUAGGUUGACUACCAGAAGGCUGAACUUGUGCAAAAUCAGCAUGGACUUCCUGAUUCAGGCACUGUUCUGAGUCUGCUGAGCCAAGUCUGUCUUAUGGUUCAGCUCUCCUUUUACACAUAUUGCUCCUCUAGCAGGGAGAAUCCUCUUUGCCCAUUCCUUAUGGGUUAAUAUACACCUGAAUGGGAGUCUUGUCUGACUGAAUCAGAAGCCCUCUAUAUAGUUCUGGAAUCUCCAUAACACUAGUUUACACAUUUGAGCUCCACAGGUCAAUGCUCGUUCCCCAGGAAGGCCUGGCACUGUCCUGUGGCCCAGAUAUACUUCCCAUUUUAUCUAGGCACAAGUACCUGUGAGUCUGAAAUGCAUACAGGGAGACUCUUGUCAAUGUUCUGUGGGAUAAUGCAUUAGUUGAGUGUUCAACACAGGGCUCAGAACCAGCACCUGAUGCUGCCUGCAUUCCUGUGAAUGGGUCUGUGCUUUUAUGAGCAAGUACUAGAGGCAAUGUAUAUGGAUCCUUGUCCAUGAAAUCAGGAAGACCAGCAUCUGUGUCAAUAUUUAGUUAUGGUCCAUGCUAUGCAUAUCAAGUUCUGGAUCUUGAGGAAUUUGUCUAGCCAUGGGUAGAUCUCUGUAGUCACUGAAGUGAAUGCCAUGGCUCUUGCACAAAGUCUCAUUGUAUCCAGUGAGAUCUGCCACAAAGGCUUCAUAAUGAAGCUACUGUGGCUCUUACAAAGGACAGGAUACUCUGAGGGUAGCUACUGCACCUUUGAGUCCCUUUUACCUCCUCUAGCAGGUGGAUCUUUAGGAGAGAGAGAUUCAGUAUGAUUACUGCAGCAUCAAUUUAUAACAGCAUUUUGUUUGGCUUACAAUUUAUAUCUACAGCUGGGCCUGCUUAUGCUGUGACCCUUAUCAAGGUAUAGCCUGUUUGUCUUUGAUCACAUCCUUAAAGGGCUGCAGCAGUAUUGUUGUCUCAGGCAGAGAUUUAGAAAGUAGCUCUUUAAGAGCUGAGUUAGCACCACAACUUUUGUCAUGGCUGAGGGGAAGUUAGAGUCUGGAAGCAAAGCUCUGAAGUGCUGGUUCAGGGUGGUGAAGGCUAUCCCCUGCUUAUUAUGCAGGGGAAGAGUAGCUUUCUAUGCCAACAAAAAAAAGCUAAGCUGCUAAAGAACUGGUGGGAGCAAAGUGGUAGUUGACUGCUGCUGCCACCACCACAGCCAGAGACUAGGCAGCAGAUUGGGGGGGAGGGGGUGCAUACAUGUAUUAGCUCUAGCCCUGCUACAGCUUUGAACUGCUUCUGGAAGUUGCUGUAUUAAGCAUUUGGGGAAAUGAUGCAGCUGUAAAGCCAGAAAAGGAGAUGAGAAGUUUCAGAUACUAAAGCUGCUUCCUGUUAAAUCAUGGUCACAAUGCCCUUUAAAGUAACCCAUCUCUAAAUACAUUCUACUGAAAAAAACUUCCAAAAAACCUUAAUUUGAGCCCUAAUUUGUAAAUAUUUAGAUAGUAAAUGAGUGCUAGAAUUACAUCUGCUGUUAGUCCUGACAAUUUACCUAAUACUUCUACAGUAGAUGGUUUCCACCAAGUCCACAAGCAUUAGACCCCAGUAACACCAUUGCCUUUUUGGUACACUUACUCCAAAUAGAGUUAAGUUUGCAUUCCAUAGUACAGAAAGUAAUUAAAGUGGGAAAGGAAAUGCUACAGAAGUUGCAACAGAAUGAGCCAUCAAGAGAAGGAGUCAAUUAAUUGUGUGAGAGGGGUCAUCUUGUAGUCUUCACAGUUGCUCUGUUGGUUGAAAUUUUAGUUCAAUUUUUUUAAACUAUGUUUACAUAACUGCUUCAAAUUUAGUUGUCUCUGCUACACUGAAAUAUCAAAGCUGUGACUUUGAAACAGUUCCUCCAGCUUCCAUCAAGAAAGCAUAACAGUGGGUGUCAUUAAAUAGAGUACUCUGACCUGGUAUUUGGAGUAGUCAACCUCUACUCACUGCAGUAUAGUUAAUGUAAGAUUAAAAAAGUGAGGAAUUUUGAUUAGUGGCCCUGGAGAAAGUGUAGCCCACACAAUUUUGGACUGGCAUUUUAAAUAUGCCAGUUUUAUCUUUUCUGGCUUUUUAUAAAUUAAAGCAGAAAGGAAACAACCUGUAAAGUUCAGCUUGUCUUGAAUGUCAAAUAUAAAGUUCUGUCUCACUUUUCCUGGAAGGCUGGAAAACUGAAAAAGAUUAGUCACAAAUUCAAGGAAAUGAGACCUGCACACAAAUGAGCCGGAUUUCAGUCACUGUUUAAGACACCUUUUAACAAUGCCUGCUAAAAGCAGGUGGAAAGAGGGAUUCUUCCCAACUUAGUCUCCCCUUCACCCCACAGUUCUCUGAUCCUUCAAUGAAGCCACCUGCAACAAACAUACAUUCUCAAUUUGCAGCCCACUCAGCAGAGCUGCAGUCUGUGACAUCCUCAGGACCAUACAGGUAGUAUUGGAUGCAGCCCACAUAAAACAAAUGGUAAAUAGCUUGAGAACCACUGGCUUACAGUUUGGCUUUUCUAGGAACCAGAGGCAAAGUCAACUACUAGUACCCAAUUAAGCUUAAAGAAGAGUUUAAUAUCUGGAAGACAAGAUAUUCAAAAGCCACCACCACUCCUGGAUAGCUCAAUUUAAGUGAGGGAUUUCUACUGAAUUUUCUGUUCUGUAAUAUCACACUUGAGUUGGGAGCUGAUGGCUCAUUUUCAAGUGUGAGCACACCGACCAACACAGUCCAGUUUUAGAGUCCAACCUUUAAACUGUGACAAGAUUGCUAUGAACAACUAAUUUUACUUCAGUUCUGGAAGCAGUACACUAGAGUUGUACUGAUACAGCUGAAGAAUGGUACACGACACUAGAUUACACCUUUUUUAUUUCAAAAGCUAGGAUAGCUUCAAUAUCCAUGUCAUGGUGAAUCAGAACACAUGUAAAAUACCUUACAAUACAUUAGAUUCCAAAAAGGUACCAAAAAGUACAGUAAAAUUAACACUUCCAUUACAGGAAAUGUAUGACACAAAAACAAUACAAAAUAAAAAGGUGGAAAGUGACACUGGUUCCCUAAGAUACAUCUCAUUCUGUACAACUGGAGUAAUGCAGAGUCCAUAGUAAACUCCAAGAGGCAGUCCCUAGUUGCAGAGCUGCAGCUUUAAGCAGACCCUCAAAAUCAGUUUCAGUUUAACCUAUUAAUAAAAUCAUUAAUUAAUAUCUUCAGGAAGGCUGAAGUUUACACACCACACUGUCUAGACAACUAGUUAUCUGUAAAUAUUAAACAUGUAAGACAUUUCCAGGGAGCUCUUGAGUAAGAUGCACAUUUAACAGGCCAUAGAAAUUUAUUGUAAAGUUAAAUUUGGUACAUAAUUGUAAUAUCCAUCUACAGCAUUGAGUACAAAACCUAUGCAGUCAUUUUCUAAAAGAGACCAUGCCACUGCAUACCUGAAUAAAUUUGAUCAAUAUGGCUUGUAAUUAUUCUGAUGACCACCACGUCUUGGACUUUUCCCAUAAUUUGCACUGCCUUGACCUAUGAACAAGAGAUCAAAUGCAUUAAACUGCUAUUACUUGUGUGCGCUUAUACCCAAUACAUUUCUCUUUACUUACUGUAAUCAUAGCCUGGUCCAUAUUCAUAAUACCCACAUCCUGAAUAAUCAUAGCCUCCAUAGCCACCAUAACCUUGCUGAUAGCCGUAUCCUUGAUUCCCAUAACCCUGGGUCCAGUAAUUGCCAUAACCUUGAUUCCAAAUUUGACUUUGAGCUACAGAAGGGAAAACCAUCCACAAAAUCCCAUUUUAGUACAAGCAUCUUAGUUCUGAAUGCGUCCAUACUUAAGUAGCGUGUGGAACACUUACCACCUCUUCCACCUCUGCCUCUUCCUCCAUAGCUGCCUCUUCCUCCACCACUACUGAAUUGUUGCUGCUGGUAUACUUCCUUCGGCUGUGCUACCUUGAUCUCACACUAAAAAAAGCAAGGAGAGCAAUGUGCAUAAGUACAACUCUGCCUUUGUAAUGGAAAAUAUAAAGUAGGCGAGCUGUGAUUUUACUGGUCUACUACAGUGGCUCUCAACCUUUCCAGACUACUGUACCCCUUUCAGUAGUCUGAUUUGCCUUGUGUACCUCAAGUUUCACCUCACUAAAAACUUACAAAAAAUUGCUUACUUCCUCAUUGAGCACGCCACUGGUCAAGAGGAUCCAAAUAAACGCAAAUACCAAAAGUUUAAGUUGGUACUCUUUUGCAGAUUUGAGGUUUUAAAUGAACAGUGCUUGUGGAUAUUCCACUCUUGUUUACUGUUGCAAGGUCACCAGGGAGUGCUAUUAAAAGGGCACAGUCAAACUAAAGAGGUUUGAAAGAAUGUUAAAUUCGCUACAAGCUAUUAAAGCUUAAAUUUUGUCCUCAGUUUUAAAUUUAUGCAUUUAACAAGCACCUCAGCUAAUUUGUGUAGCCUCACAAUGAAGUUAUCUACCCUAAAAUAUUAGGGUUAUUUUAAAACUGCAAGGGGACUUGUACGUGUCUAGCAGCUGAACUCCUUUUCUGAGGUUAACAGUCCUUUACACAACUUGCUGCAGUAUCAGCAGAAAAAAGUUUAUUCUUUGAGAAAUCCUAGAACUGUAAUGCCAGAGCCCUUCAAAUAAUAGUCCAACUUAACUAAUGAAAUAUAAAUGGUCCUUAUUGCAUCUGUGUACCUGAAGACCAGAAACAGUCACUAAACUGAAUCUCAUACUUUCUGAAAUAGUGUUGUAAACUAGAUACCAACUUCCAAAAUCAGGGAAAUAAUUGCUUCAAUUUGAAUCAUUUCCUACCUUGCUUCCGCUAACAUUAUGGAAUUUUUUUUCCAAGAUCUUCUUGACUGGAUCUUCUUCCUUGAAAGUGAUGAACACAAAGCCUCUCCUUUUGUUGGUCUUUGGAUCCAUUGGAAGUUCAAUUGCUUCAAUCUGAAAACAUGAAGUACUACAACUUCAGGACAAUUACUUUUCACUGUAUUGUUACUGUUCUGUAUUUCAUGCUGAACAUGUUACAUACAAAUACCAUGAUUAUGCUAUUCUGUUGGCUUUAACUUCCUUAAGCCAAUUCACACAAGUUUAGAGCUCUAGCCUUGCAAAAUAGGAUUUAAAUAUGGUGACAAACAAGUGCACAUCUGGCAAUUUCUGCAUGGAGCUGUAGUGAUGGUCAUCUUUUUAUGUGUAUGACUUUUUGAACGUCAAACCCUUAAUUUUAAAUUACUACUAUACAAAUGCUUAAUGUUUAAUAGUUCAAGGCAUUUUGGAACAGAUGUAAACUUGAAGAUCCAGUCUAUGUUCAGUUUACAAAAUGUAAUUACAGGAUAUUCUGUUCUGUUUCAGCACGUACCAGGAUUAAGUUACAUACCUCUCCAAACUCUCCAAAGUAUUCCCGGAUUUUCUCUUCUGUGGCUUCAGGGUUAAGUCCACCAACAAAAAUUUUCUUCACUGGAUCUUUCUUCAUUGCCAUGGCCUUUUUGGGGUCAAUAAGUCGCCCAUCUAACCUGUGUUCUUUCUGUUCCAAUACCUGCAAAUAAUUUGGUAUGGCAAGAUUAAUUCAUGCAAAAGGAGAUUUUCACUAGACUUUAGAAAGCUCAGAGGUAUAAUCUUAAACUCACCUUGUCAACACUUCCAGCUUCUUUGAACAAAAUAAAUCCAAAACCUCUUGA